AUGAACUCCUCCCCAGAUCCGUCUCUCCGCAACUCCAUCCGUCAUGUUCUAUCGCUGGAGGACCCGUUGGAGAGGACCGACCCGCACACCGAAAGCACCGGCAGUGUGUCGAUGAAUUCUCCGAUGUCGAUGUCGGCUGAAGACGGGUUAACGCAACCUAAAGAAGGAGAAGCAAAGUGGCCUCCGGAGAACGAGGCCCGGUUAAUAUCGUUGAUGUUGGACGAAGUCAUCUUGGGGAAGUGCAUCAACCAGAAGUUCAAAACAAGCAAUUGGAUGGAUAUUCAAAAAGCAUUGAACAAAGCGUGUGGUCCAGAACACCAUUACGAGAUUACACAAAUCACGAGCAAGCAUGAUCGGUUGAAAGUGAAGUGGCGUCGGUUCCACAAUAUGCUGCAUAAUACAACUGGGUUCGGCUGGAAUUCGGAGACUGGGAAGCUCACGGGCGGUGACGAAGUUUGGAGCUGGAUGUCGCACAUUGAUGAAGUUGACACCGGUGGACAAUUAAACGACAACAUGGAUGAAGAUGUCAACGCUGUUGUUCAGCCGUCUCAUUUAUCUCGUUUGCAACAAUAUGCUAAUAUGCUGGAGUUUCAAUGCCAACAACUUAUGCAUGUUCAUGAAGCAUUUCAGUUUAAUCCACCUAUGACACGAAUCCGGUAUAGGCAUUCCACGUACAACGGGGAGGACUGGAUUAGUGAACUUCUCAUGGGGCACGAUGGAAGAUUCUACGAUGCAAUGGGUAUGAACAAGAAGGAUUGCAUCGGUGCCAUCGACGGAACCAUCAUACCGGCUUGGAUUCCGGAAGAAGAUCAUGGGAAAUACAGAUGCCGAAAAGGUCACUUAUCCCAAAACGUUAUGGUCGCGUGCGACUUUGAUUGUAGGUUCACUUACGUUUUAGCGGGAUGGGAAGGCAGUGAAAAUGAUGCUCAUAUUUUUGGUGAAACAUUGACAGACCCCACAAAUACUUUCCCGUGGCCACCAGAGGGAAAAUAUUAUGCGGUCGACUCAGCCUAUGCCAAUGUCCCCGGAUUCCUGUCACCUUACCGUGGUGAUAGGUACCAUCUCCCGGAGUGGAUUCGCUCUAAUCAAACACCUAAAAAUGCGAGAGAGCUCUUUAACAGACGUCAUGCCACUGUUCGUAAUGUGGUUGAACGUACCUUUGGUAUAUUGAAAGGUAAGUUCCCCAUUAUAAAAGGCCUAAUGCCAAACUACACGACUGAGUUCCAAACAGACAUAGUUAUCGCAUGUUGUGUUGUACACAAUUUCAUCCUUGAGCACCAAAAGUUCGAGAACGUACCGCCGGCCAUUCUAAACCCAGAUUACAUACCAGAACCAGAUGAAGAUGACCAUACAAUGCCUUUGAUGACAACUUUAGAUACCUCUAAUGUUGGUGUGCGUGAACAAUCUGGUUUGCGCGAUUCCAUUGCUUCCGCCUUAUGGGCCGAUCAAGGGGGCAGACGUCGGUAG